ACAAUUUUCAUCGUACCACUUGCUUUAAUUGCUUUUUAGGAGAUAAUAUUGAAUGGUAUAAUUACUACUUGCUUAAUUCCUAGUCGUCGGGUCGUGAACAAGGCUUUUUAGUUCUUGAGUUGUAGUAGUUGCUGGAUCAUCGACCUUUGUAGGUAGAAUCACUGGUAAGCUACUCAUCCUUAGACUUUGAUUAUCCUCUUUAACUAUGAACAUUUUGCAUCUGUGAUUUUAUUCUCUCUAAUCAUCUGCUUAAAUUUCCAGUUUCUCAAUAAUCUGUGUACUUUGAAGCCAUAAGCUAAUACUUUUGGUAGAUCGAGUUUUUGUCUUUUUGUUCUUAGCCAUAAGUGGUCUUGAUCUUAUAAUUUUGAUGUAUUUCUAUGUUUUUAUCGCAUUAGGACAGAUCACAUGUCGAUUUUUUGUGAUCUGUUACGAUGUCUUCUUUGCUAUGAAGAUGAGCAUGAUAAUGCUUAUCAUUCUCUCAGUCAAUUUCCUGCGAAAACCGCUUCCAACAAGCGUGAUUACUAUUAUGAAACUUCCCACAGAGACACUUUGCAACCCUUUAUAUCUUUUACACCAGCUGCAUCACCCCUAAAACCGCCAUCAACCCAAUAUAAUCAUGUCCUAUCUCCCUUUAGUUCAUCUUCAUCGUCCCCUAACCCCAAGCCUCCGUCGUCUUUGUCCAAACCACCACAAGUUUCUUCAAUCAAUGCAUCUUCAUUAUCCCCUAAAUCACGACAGUCUUUUUCCUUUGAUUCGUAUUCAACAUCCCUUAGAACCCCAACAUAUUCAACCAAGCUGCCCCAAUCCACUUUUGUUAAUUCAUCUGAAUCACCCCUAAAACCCCCAACAUCUUCAUUCAAACCGUCGCAAUCUUUCUCUAGUUCUUCAGCUAGCCCUCCUAUACUUUUGUCGUCGUCAUCUACAUUUCAUACUAAAACAUCUAAUAAUGUCUCGUCCUCUAAGCCACCUCAGGCUUCAUCUGGACCAAAUUCACCAUCCCCAAAGCCUCCAACAUCUUCUCCCAAACCAUCUUCAUCUUCCUCUACACCAACAGCUUCUUCCAAACCAUCUUCCUCUUCCUCAUUUACUUCAUCGUCCCCUAACCCUCCAGUGUCUUCGUUUAAACCUCAGAAAUCUUCUUCUCUCAAUGCAUCAUCUAAGUUUUCUCCUAAACUAUCUACAUCCUCCUCUAACCCACCUCAGGCAUCUGCUUCGAAACCAUGUCCAUCUUCCUCUACUGGACCUCCCGUAUCUUCCACAAAGCUCCGUCCAAUGUUUAAGCCAGUUUUAUCCCACGCCUCUUCAGAUGUGUUAGAUCAGGUGGGAAAGAAAAGUUAUGUAAGGCUUGAGAAGGAUUCAUUACCUAUAUUCGCAAUUCCUGACAAUAUGAAAGAUUUGAUCAAGAAUGACAUUGCGCCGAAAGUUCUAAACAAGCCCCCUGUCUCCCGCUACUUAUAAGGAUUAUUUCGCUGCUCUCUUAUAUGCUGAAGAUUUCUACUAUGAGAAAUGGACUCAUUUCGAUUUGGAGAAUGUCACUGUAGUGUUGCAGAGAGCAGCAGUUUAUAAAAAACCAGACACGGAAGAGAAAUCCUACAGGGAAGAGAAAACCUUUGUAGCAUUUGAUAUGGCUUCUUUUCCUGAGAAUCACCCAUUCCUUUUGUCGAGAGACUUGGUCCAUUUACGACCAUCGGGGACAAAUGCUGAUCCAUUUCAGGGCUUUAUAUAUCGUGUCGUCAAGAGCAGUGUUGUUUUAGUAGAAUUUGAAGACGACUUUUAUGUCCAACAUUAUUCGACCCGAAAAUAUGAUGUCAGCUUCUCAUUCAAUAGAGUCUGUUUGAAAAGAGCUCAUCAAGCUGUACAAAAUGCAUCGGAUGCUUUGUUUAGGAACUUCAUCUUUCCUGAGUCUGUUUCGCGUACAAACAUUCCCGCUGCACCAGCGCUGAUGUGCCCUGGUCAUAAACUUGAUGCCAAUCAAUUAUCUGCAGUUCGUCAUAUUUUAAGCAUUCGUGGCUCACCACCUUACCUAUUGGUUGGCCAGCUUUGUGUUAAAAAGAGCGGUUCACCACCUUACCCAUUGCUUGGCCAGCUCAGGGAUGAAAAGACCGAUUUUAGGCUAUCGAGAACUGGGGUGGUGGUUAGUGAAGCAGUGCACCAGUUAUGUCAAACUUCACACGGAAAUAGGAUCCUUGUAUGUGCUCCUAGCAACCUCCGUUGUGAUGAGCUUGUGAGAAGCUUGUUGAAAUGGAUUCCUAAGUCGGACAUGUUUCGAGUGAAUGCUGCAUUCCGCGAGAAAGAGGAGGUACCCGAUGACAUCCUCCCGUCAUGCCUUUACAAAGAGACUUACUUCUCUUGUCCUCCGAUGGAGGAACUUUGCGAAUUCAGAGUGAUCUUCUCCACUUUCAUGAGUAGCUUUCGGCUGCAUGAAAAGGCCUAACUGCUGGACAUUUUAGUCAUAUUUUUCUGGUGGAUGCUUCGUCUUCUAUUGAGCCGGAAACAUUGGUGGCCUUGACUAGUUUCGCUGACAAAAAUACUAGUGUUAUAGUUACCGGUGAAGCAGAAAACCGAUCGCAUUGGGUUCGAGCUGACAUGGCUAGGAAAAAGGGACUGAAGAUUUCCCUGUUUGAAAGACUUUCCAAGUCAGUGCCAUAUUGUGUAGAAGCCUCAGUUCAAUGUUCAUCACACAAUUGGAGCAUUAUCAAGAGUAAGACAGACUCACUGAACACCUGCAGGCAACUCUCUGAGUUUGUUCGUCGGUUACCAUCGAAUACGUACUCGUAUGUUAUGCUAUUCGAAUGCGUGUGUGUGUGUGUGUGUUAUCGUACUUACGCUCAUCUGGAUGUUCUGCGGAUGAUUGCUCAGUACGUGUAUUCUAUAUUAUUCAAGUGUGUAUGUAUAUAUUAGCGUACUUGCGCUCAUUUAGAUGUUCUGCGGAUGAUUUCUUACGCAGUAAGAAGCUUAAAACCAUUUUCUUAUAUGUCCUCGGUUUCUGAGUGUGGUCUAUGAGAUAGGAAAAGUCGAUGGUACUCCAAAGUAUCCGAUACACCACCAGAUAUUUUAACCCCUCCCCAGAUAAUCCAAAGAUAGAACAAAAACCAUCAACCCCAUGCUGUAGGAGACGAAUGCUUCAAUCAUGCUCGCGUGGUCGACCCAGCUUCAUCUGAGAUGCUUUUACUUAUCGUUUUGAAAGGCAACCCAGCUUGAGAAAACUGAUUCAGUUUCGAGUUUAAUGGUGGGAAUGCAGCAGAAAUGUAAGUGGCUGUGAAAGCAGACAAGUCUAAUGAAUAGCAAAGCAGUUGUAGGAUUCCAUCAGUCGGAGAAGGAGGCCAGAGUGGAUUAAAUAUUUUCACCAUAAAAAUUCAAAUUCUGGAAAGCCCCUUCCAGUUACAACUUACAACAGCAAAACCCCCCGCUAAAACCCUAAUUCUUCUGCUCUUCUUCUUCAUGCUCUCUCCUCACUCCUCAGUCUCCUCCUCCUCCAACAAACCCCCCCAAAUCCCAAAUCCCAAAUCCUACAAACAAUUUGAACCCCUAAGAAAAACCCUAAUUUGAAUUGCACUGAUACAUUGCUUAAAAUUCACAGAUUUGCACAAACCCUUAUUCUUCUUCUUGUUCCAGGCUCCAGCCAUCCAAAGCCGGUUAAAUUCUAACCUUAAAAAUCCCACUACAAAGAAAUUUCUUAAAAUUAAACAACUCCAACAACAACCCAAAAAUAGCAAAACAGAGACAUACACA